AUGCUCAAGCGAUCUAGGCAGCAAAGCGACGCGGCAGUGACAACCGUCACAACGCACAACAAGGUCCGCGUUGUGGUGCGCACAGAGAUUGAGUACCCCCAAAAUACCGCUGGCAGCGGGACAAAUGACCUUUGCAAGCGCAUACUCGAUGUCAUAGCAGUUGAUCAGAAAAGGCUGGAAAGGGAGAUGGACAAGGCAGUGUCUGCCUUGGUGCAGCUGGACGAGGCCUGGUGCGAGUUGGAGGAUAAGUUAGAGGAGGUCCAUGGAGAUACAUUUGUCGAACGACUGGCAUCCUAUCCCAUGCACAUGGAUGAGGCCGUUACGGCAUUGAAGGAUGCGGUCCAACGUCUUAAACAGGUGGUCAGGACAAACGGAGAGUGGAUAGCCCUUAGCCGGGAUCGCGUGGACACGCAGAGGGAGAGGGAUGGGAACGGCAACGAAGCUGCGGAGUCGGACGACGAUCAAGACGAUGGAUGA